GAAGAAGAACCUCAUUCACCGCUUUGCUCUGGAAAGAACACGGACCCAGACCUCGUUGUGUGAUCACAAAAACAUUAAUACCAAUGGCGCUGGAAUCACGGAUUACACAAGAAGAAAUAAAGAAGGAGCCAGAGAAACCCAUCGACCGGGAAAAGACUUGUCCACUCCUGCUGCGAGUGUUCACUACCAACAGCGGGCGACACCACAGAGGAGAUGAAUUUGCUCGGGGCAACGUGCCCUCUAGUGAACUCCAAAUAUACACCUGGAUGGAUGCUACGUUGAAGGAGUUAACUAGUCUAGUAAAGGAAGUGUAUCCAGAAGCCAGGAAAAAGGGAACCCACUUCAGUUUUGCUAUAGUCUACCCUGAUCCCAGAGUAAAGAUGUACAAGUUGAAAGAAAUCGGCAGUACUUUGUCCGGAAGGAAGGGCCCAGAUGAUGUCCUGACUCUGCAAUCUCAGCGUUUCCAGAUCGGAGACUACCUGGACAUAGCCAUCACACCACCAAACAGAGCGCCACCCCUUGGCCCCCGCAUGAGGCCCUUCUGAAUGCAAAUCUGUGUUCUGAUAAAGUGAUGGAUCUGUAUUUCAUGUUCUCUUUUUAUCUUGAUUUGUUUUCCUUCAUUUUAUGAAACCUUAUGUUUAAUAAAACUGUUUUUUUUUU